AUAUUAAAAAAAAUGACUAAAAAUAUGUAUUUUCUUAUUAAAAUACAAAAUACACAAAUAUUUGGUGUAAAACAAAUAUUUAGAUAUAUUUUCAGUGAUUCCAUAAAAUAUAAUAUAUGGAAACAAAGCAAAUUUAUAAACAAGCUUUUAAACAAAAAUAAAUUAAAAAGGUUUUCAAUUCAAGAUAUAAAUCCUACUACUUAUGUAGCAUCAGAAAAUAAAAUUUCUGUGCAUACACAACGAAGAAUGAAUGUUCUGAAUAAAGUUUUUAUGGAACAUAUUACAGAUAUGAUGUCAACUGGAGAAAUAGAACCUGAAAUUUUAAAUAGAAAUAUAGAAAUUUCACAUAUAAAAAUAACUCCAGAUUUUAAACUUAUUAAUGUUUAUUGGAUAGACAAUAAUGCUGAGAAAUUGGAUACUGAAGAACUAUUACAAAAAUGUGCUUUUCAAUUAAGACAUAAGUUAUCUCAACUUCGUGUAAUAGGCAUUGUACCUCCUAUUCAAUUUGUUAAAUGUAAAGGUAUUAAAAUUAUGAAAAAAAUAGAAGAAAAAUUGAAAAUUAUAGAGUUUGAGAAAGAUUAUAUAUCCAGUCCAUAUCCAGAUGCUAUACAUCAUACUGUUACUGCUUCUGACAUUGAGGAUGUACAUAAUAAUAAAGAAGACAAAUUCAGUAUAACUAUACCUAUAAUGAAACAUGAUAUAUUUGGAUUAGAUCAUUUUCGAAUCAUGUCAAAGAUUAAAAAUUCAUUAAAUAAAUCAUUGAAAAAAGAAACAGUAAAUAUAAAUUCAUAUUCAAAUACACUUUCUAAGUUUGAUGUAAAAAAUAUUUCGAAUUUUUUUAUUGAUAAUAAAUAUCAAAAACAAUUUGCUAAAUUUUUAAAUGAAAGACAAAAAGAGCAAAGAAAAAAAAAUAAAAAAAAAUAUUUUAAAUUAAAUGAUUUUACUUAUAAUUUUGAAGAACAAAAUGUUAAUAAUAAUUAUGAUGAUUUUGCUGAAAAUGAUUAUGAUGUUUUUGAUGAGAAUGAUAAUUCCAUUCAUGAUGAAUUUAAAAAAAAACGCACAUGAAAAUAUGCUAAAAUAAGAACUAACCAAAUGGACCAGCUACUCUGACUGGCCAAAGUGGGUUUAAUGGUUCGAUUACAUAUGCUAUAACUUUUACCCACAUAGGAACUCUGGAAAUUCGAUCUACAGGUCUUUCCGGAAAACCCCACGGAUCGGCAAGAAUCAGGUGUUUAAUUCUUUCGGGAUAUUGCAUGCUAUAUGAUGCUGCAAGAAAACCACCCAUUGAAUGACCUAACAGUACAAAUUUUUCUAACUGCAUUUCUCUUCUCCAUUCCUCAAUAGAGCGAAC